CAAGAACCCCUAAGAUAUGAGGUACCCAUAUAACCCAUUUGGGAUUGAUUCAGGAGUCCAGUUAGCAGAGGGUCCAGCUUGUCUCCAGAAUGGUGAGCACGCGGCCUUUCGGGGGCAUCUGGAUGGAGAUUCUGUGGGUGACUCUGCUGGUGCUGACGUCCCAGGUGGCUGCGGACAGACGCCCCCCAAAGCACUUCACAGAGCAGCGUAAGCAUGAGUGUUACUUCGUGAAUGGGACAGAGCACGUGCAGUAUGUGGAGAGAUACAUCCACAACAGAGAGGAAAACUUGCGCUUUGACAGCAACCUGGGGCUGUUCAAGGCUGUGGCAAAGUGGGGUCAGGAAGAUGCUGAAUAUUGGAACAGCCAGAAGGAGUUCCUGGAGCAUAAACGAGCCGCGGUGAACACUUACUGCAGGCGCAACUACAAAGUGUCUGAUCACUUCUUAGUACGCAGGCGUGUGGAGCCAAAAGUGAUGGUGUAUCUAUCCAAGAGGGCUCCUGUGGGCCACCAAAACCUGCUGAUCUGCUCUGUCAGCGGCUUCUACCCCAAGGAUGUGGAAGUCAAGUGGUUCAUGAAUGGGCAGGAGGAGAGGGCUGGGGUCGUGUCCACAGGCCUGAUCCGUAAUGGAGACUGGACCUUCCAGACCCUGGUGAUGCUGGAGAUGACCCCCAAGCGGGGAGAUGUCUACACCUGCCACGUGGAGCACUCCAGCCUGCAGAAACCUGCCCUCGUGACCUGGAAAGCCCAGUCUGAAUCUGCCCGGAAUAAGAUGCUGACUGGCGUUGGGGGCUUUGUCCUGGGCCUCGUCUUCUUUGGGGGUGGCCUCAUUGUCCACAUGAGGAGUCAGAAAGUUAAUGGUGGUUCACAGCCUACAGGGCUCCUGAGAUGAACCCUGAGGCUAUGUUCCCUGGAACUGUUGACUCCCCUCUCAGCCUCUCUACCCCCAUUUAGAGGUCCCCUGCUUGUACCCAGAUGUUGAGGAGGCCAGCCCUCCUGAUCCCUUCCCUGGUACCACUCUUUCCCUGCACCUUCUACUCUAUCCUGAAUCCUGUAUUUCAGUUACCCACUCCAGUCUCCCUCAUUCCCACACCAGGGUUUUAUCCAUUUUUGUACCUUGAACCUCCACCCCAAUAAAUAAGAAGAAUGAGAAUCAACCAGGACAUGGUGACACAUAGUCAAUUUUGGGGUAAAAGAGGGAGGAAACUUCAGCCUUUGGGAUCCUUGGAAUCAGUCAAUGUGUGAAAUGCUUCCAGAAGGGAAGAUUGCAGCCCAUCCACACCUUUUUAUCCUGAUUGUCUCCUUCCUGUGUCCUUCCACAACCUUGCAGAGGGUGAUGACUCAGUGUCCUGGGGGUCUUCCUCUGCCCUCCUUGUCAUUAUGUGGAUACCAAAUACCAAUGACCCUCCCAGGCUGUCUACCCAUCAAUCUUCCCCUUUCCUAUAGGAUGAGUCCCCCUCAUUAUGAUCCUCCAUCUCUCUGAUGAGGUUCCUGCUGACAUUUCUGCUUCCUUCUUCCCUGGUGAUGUCCUGGAGCCUCUGCUUGCCCAUCAUAUGCCCUUCCACUGCACCUGAAAGAAAUUAAACAUUUACUCAUGCCUUUUGCUAUUGCAUCUUAUUGGGUUGUUCACUAUAUAUCCUCCUCCAUUGGACCUUCUCUAAUAACAAAUAUUUUUUAAAAUUUCAGUAUAAUGAUCCCAUUGAACACAUCUAUCCAAAAGCAUAUGCAACAGACCACACUCAUAGUCUGUCUCCUUUUCCUUCAUGAUGGGUUUGUUUUCCCUGUGACCAAGCUUGGUAAUUAUAAU